UUUGUAUGCAAAGUUAUGCUGCUUGAAGCUGACUCGGUUGGUCUCUCUCGUGAGUGGGGGCAAGUGGGAGGGCUGGUGAUGUUCUGGCUGCUGUCACACAUGCUGCACAGCAACAAUAAUAUUUGGAGAGUUACAAGCGGCUGCGGUCUGCAGCACAAACCGAGAUGCAAGAACGAUGAACUGUCUCUCUAUUAUGCGCACACCUUCAGCUGACAGAGGUCAUCAGUGUGCAUGCUUCGAGAUUUAGAGCAUGGCCACAGACUUUAGAUCGACGAUAUAAUGGCAGAAGAGCAAAGCGGAUUGAACUUGUAAUUCAGUGUUUUUUUUAAUAAGGGUGCCACUGUGCAAUAAAUUGCAUGCAAACGUAAUUUAUCGGACUUAAAAGGGGUGAUUAGUAGAGCAGCUAUGGCUUUACUUACUACUUUCACUUUGAUAAUUUGCGUAAAAGUGGUUCUUUAUGUGACAUUUGCACACGGCAUGGAAGCUGACUUCUGCAAACCUUUACGAGUGGACCCCCUUGCGCAUGGAAAGCAUUUACAGAAUGAAAAACACGUUACUUUCAGGAUCAAUGCUUUCAAGCAGGAAUUUUAUCUUCAUCUCCAGCCGGAUUCUAAUUUUCUCGGAGGGGAUCAUUUAAACCCAUUCGAACCCAACGCAUCAACACCCGCGGACCUCGGGAAAUGCUUCUACUCCGGUAACGUGAAUUCCCAGGCGGACUCGUUUGCUGCGCUAAGCUUGUGUAAAGGUCUCAACGGGGGGUUCUAUGAAAACGGCAUGGAAUAUUUCAUCAGUCUAGCAAGAGGUGAGGACGGAACAGCCCAGCUUGGGGACUCUUCAUCCAAGACGCACGUCAUCCACCGCCGGAGAAGCUCUGCGCCCUUGGUCGGAAACUUCACCAGCAGGUGUGGAGUGACACCUGACUCUAACUUCAACAUAUCCCUGGAAAAAUACAUGUAUAUGAAAGAAAUGGAGAUUGGAGGCUCGUCGGAAACUGUGCUGGAAAGACUGAGUAGGUCCAAAAGAUUUACCUCCAUCCCCAGAUUUGUGGAGGUGCUGGUUGUGGCAGAUCCAUCCAUGGAUUCAUUUCACGGGGAUGAAUUGAAACAUUACCUGCUGACACUCAUGUCGGUGGCUGCCAAGCUUUACAAGCACCCCAGUAUCUUAAACUCUAUUAACAUAGUGGUUGUGGGCUUUGUGGUUCUGAAGGAAGAUGACAGGGGUCCAAAGGUUUCCAGUAAUGCAGCUCUAACUCUGCGCAAUUUCUGCUCUUGGCAGAAGAAGUUAAAUAAGCACAACGACAAGCAUCCUGAGUACUGGGACACUGCAAUUCUUUUCACCAAACAGGAUCUUUGUGGGGCCACAACCUGUGAUACGCUGGGGAUGGCUGAUGUUGGAACCAUGUGUGACCCCAAGAGGAGUUGCUCUGUCAUUGAAGAUGAUGGCCUACCUUCAGCAUUUACAACAGCCCAUGAACUUGGUCAUGUCUUCAACAUGCCCCAUGACAACGUGAAGUCAUGUGAGGAUGUCUUUGGAAAACUAAAAGAUAACCACAUGAUGUCCCCAACUCUAAUUCAGAUCGACAGGAAUCGUCCCUGGUCUGUGUGCAGUGCAGCGAUUAUUACUGAAUUUCUGGAUCGAGGUCAUGGAGACUGCCUGCUGGAUCAGCCCCAGAGGCAGCUGUCUCUCCCAGAUAACCUGCCCGGCUCCAGUUACAGUCUUCAUAGUCAGUGUGAACUGGCUUUUGGGGAUGGCUCCAAGCCGUGCCCCUACAUGCAACCCUGCACCAAACUGUGGUGCACGGGGAAAGCUCGUGGACAGCUGGUCUGUCAAACCAGACACUUUCCCUGGGCAGAUGGCACCAGCUGUGGCACUGGUAGGGUGUGUUACCAAGGGGCCUGCACUGAGAAGAACACAACCAUCCACAUCAAGGUGGAUGGUAGAUGGGGGAAGUGGGGCUCAUUUGGAGAUUGUUCCAGAACAUGUGGGGGAGGUGUCCAACUGGCCAGGAGAGAGUGUAACAACCCAGUACCUGAGAACGGAGGCAAAUAUUGCUAUGGCCUUCGAAUUAAGUAUCGUUCCUGUAACCUCAACCCUUGUCUUGAUACAGAUAAGAGUUUCCGUGAAGAGCAGUGUGAAGCGUUCAAUGGCAUAAACCUGAACACCAACAGACUGGGCUCGUCUGUGGUCUGGGUUCCUAAGUAUUCUGGCAUUUCCCCCAAGGACAAAUGCAAGCUCAUCUGUCGUGCCAAUGGGACUGGUUAUUUCUAUGUCCUUGCCCCCAAGGUUGUUGAUGGCACACCCUGUUCGCCGGACUCCACUGCUGUAUGUGUUCAGGGAAGAUGCAUCAAAGCAGGCUGCGAUGGGAAGCUUGACUCCAAGAAAAAGUUUGACAAAUGUAGCGUGUGUGGCGGUGACAACCAGAGCUGUAAGAAGGUCUCCGGAAUGUUCACAAAACCCAUUCAUGGCUAUAACUUUGUGGUGACGCUGCCUGUUGGCGCAUCAAACAUCGACAUCCGCCAGCGGGGUUACCGAGGAAUUGUCAGUGAUGAAAACUACCUUGCAGUUAAGAACAGGCAUGGGAAGUACCUGCUGAAUGGCAACUAUGUGGUGUCAGCUGCGGAGCGCGACCUGAUAGUGAAGGGCAGCCUGUUGCGCUACAGUGGCACUUCAACAUCUGUGGAGAUUCUUCAGUCCACGAGGCCGCUGCAAGAGGCACUGACAGUGGAGGUGCUCUCAGUAGGGAAGAUGACCCCUCCCAGAGUGCGCUACUCCUACUACCUUGCCAAAGAGAGUAAAGAGGAGAAGGUCUUACGGAAAGAGGAGAAGAACCAUGCGUCACACAAUAGCGUCUUACUGAAUGGCAACAAAGUAGAAGCCCAGAAAAAGCUAAUGGGGAAGCAACCAAUAAAGCACUGGGUGACCGGAAGCUGGGAUGCAUGCACAGUAACUUGUGGUAGCGGCCUGCAGAAGAGGCUGGUGAUGUGUCAGAAUAUAGAGGGGAAUCCAGCCUUUGGCUGUAACAGUGCUGUCAGACCUGUUGCUCUGAGAGCGUGUGGAGAUCCAUGUCCCAUUUGGGAUGUCGGGGCCUGGUCUCACUGUUCCAAAUCCUGCGGCAGGGGCUUUAAACGGCGACCAGUGCGCUGUAUGACUGAGAAUGGACUUCAACUGCCGAGAGACCACUGCUCCGGAAGAAGGAAGCCUCAGGAGCUGGACCUCUGUUAUCUGAGACUGUGUUAACGCUGACAAAUACCACAUCAUUAUCAUGGUUGUUACUCGAUUGUUUUUGUUGGUUGAAAAUACAAUCAAAUGCCACAUGACUGCAGCUGACAGGGUGUUGGACCAACAUAACAAAGUCACUGAUGACGGCGAGGGUCUUCCUCAGACCUUCUGUUUACAGGAGAGGAACAUGUUUUGCUCUCCUCACCUGUCGAACCAACUGAGGCAGGUUGGACUUUAUUUAAGUCUACCUCUUCCGGGACAUGUGAAAUGCGCUUCUGCAUUCACAAGUAAUACCUGGCAUUCAUCAGAGGAUGUUUCAAGAGCAGAAAAGUUCAGGCUAACUCAUACGAUUUCAAGAGUCUGCUUGAACCCUGUGUUGUUAUGAAUAAUGUAAUGUGUGUUACCUGUGAAAUUACUUUUUUUCCAUUUCAGCAAAGAAACUGGUGGAAAUGUGAAACGCAGUACUGUAUUGGAAAUAUUUAACUGAAAUGUUAUGUUCCUGUGUUUUUGUUUCAGUGCUGUUGGCCAGUGAACAAUUACCUUAGGCUAGAGUUGCACUAUCGGUCUAAUUGUCCAAUUCGGAUUUAGCGUCUAUCAGAUUUUUUUAAAUGACUAUUACAUGUAUUUUCAAAAUACGCAUAUCAAAUACCACCAUUUACAUUUUACAAUCAUGCAAUUUAGUUGGCCAGGACUGACUCUUCCCAUCAUU